ACAUUAGUUCCACCGUGCAGUGGUCUCGUUAUAAAGUACAGUUUCGCACUGUGAAUUUACUGCGCUGUUUACAAAAUGUGUUCAAGAGUUUAUAUUGUGUAUUUACUAUUGUUAAUUAUUAUACAAAUUGCUAUAGAUGACGUGGAUGGAGAUUGCAGUUUAUCUUUACUCGAAGAUUUUAGUCAGCCUUCACCGGUAUUUUUGAAAGAUGGCCGUACUUUGGCGCCAAAUUCAGAUGGCGCCUUUUUAUUCCGACGUUCGGAUACGCUGUUAGUUGCAUGCCCGGGUGACAGAAGACAUAUACUUUUAGAUAACAAGACCAGUGGUUACAGCGAAUUGGAGGCACAUUGCAUAAUAAAUGACACAUUCCGUGUUGAACGCUGGAUUGGUAAAUUCAAAUCAAUCAAAUGCAACACACAACCCUGGUUCACAACAGAAGACACUCAAGACCGGUGUUAUGGAAAUCAUAUACUAUACAGGGUUGGAUAUAAACUGCGUAACAAAUUCAUCACGUUGUAUCAAGCAUGUUUCGACGACGCUGUGAUGGCUACUCUCUACGUCACCCAUGAGUUAAAUCCUGCUAAUAAGCAUUUACAGCCUGGACAGCGGCCUAACUUUGUAGAAGGAAAUCUAUUUGGUAAAGUGCGUAUGUCAGAGCUAUACAAGGUGAAGAAGCAAGCCGAACGCCUUAACAACGUGUUGGGCGCCAACAUGUCAAACAUCUAUCUCUCCAAAAAACAGUUCCUCUCACGUGGACAUCUAGCACCUCGCGCAGACUUUCUUUUGCGCGCUGAACAACAGGCAUCGUUCCACUAUGUAAAUACUGCGCCGCAAUGGAUGCUCGGCAACGCAGGAGAUUGGGCAGCUUUGGAAGAGGCUUUGCGGCGCCGCAUUCAAAAGUUAGGUAGGCCAGUUACUGUUUAUACUGGCACGCACAAAGUAAUGACGCUAGCAGACACACGUGGACGCAUGAAACCGAUCUAUUUAGAUGAAGAUGUGAAUAAUAAUGGGGUGGUGCCAGUGCCAUUGUAUUUUUACAAGGUAAACAUAUAGGAGAACCUAGAAUUUUUCAAUUUUUUUUUAAAUAAUUGGGAUGACGACUAAUAGAAAACUAUUACAUAUGUAUGUAUUUUUUUUACUUCAAUUUAACAAGAAAUACCUUAGAUAACAGGCAUUAAAGUUAAUCAGUGUAGGCUCACAACGUCACAGUUUUGUAGAAAAUGUAAGAAAACGUGACGUCAUGUGACAUUUUAACUCAAAGUAUGGAAGUAAUUGAUUGAUUACGAAAAAAAAGUGUUUAAUAUUUUUCAACAAUCUACCUAACGGACAAGCAAACAAAACUUAGUCGUCCUCCCUAUUCAAAUUAUCCCCUCAUGGCAUUAGAUCCAAUUUAAAAAGUGGUAUUUUAAUAAAUGCCAUCUAUUUAUUAUAAUAUACCUUGGUACAUUAUAUAACGAAAACACUAAAAAGUGUU